AUGGCACCAUUUGAGGCUUUGUAUGGUAGGGGGUGUAGAAUGCCAUUGUGUUGGUAUGAGUCAGGUGAAAGUGCUUUGUUAGGACCAGAGGUUGUGCAAGAGACUACGGAAAAGGUUAAGAGAAGAUGUAGGCGUCUCAGUGUAGACAGAAGAGUUAUCAUGAUAGAAGGAGGAAGGACAUUGAGUUUCAGCUGCAAGAUAUAUGAGGAGGAUACCAAAGCUCACUAUAAGAUUAGAAAUGAGCGGAGGAACAAGGGUCAACAAGGUCGUCCGAAACCCUACAAUGCUCCUGGCCACAAGAGUAAUGUUUGCAAUGGUGAGGAGAAGAAGUGCUUCCGAUGUGGGAAGAAAGGGCAUACAAUAGCUGAAUGCAAGCGUGGUGAUAUUGUUUGUUUCAAUUGUGAUGAAGAAGGUCAUCUUAGUUCGCAGUGCAAGAAGCCUAAGAAGGGUCAGGCGAGUGGAAGAGUGUUUGCUUUAGCUGCUCAAGCUGUAGGACAAUACCCACAAGCUGGUGCUGGUAACGAUGGAGUAAGAAUGUUGGAAACUUUUUUGAGAAAUCAUCCACCAACAUUCAAAGGAAGGUAUGACCCUGACGGAGCCCAGAAGUGGCUCAAGGAAAUCAGAGUCUUUUCCGAGUUGGUGAAUAGCUGCAAGAUAUAUGAGGAGGAUACCAAAGCUCACUAUAAGAUUAGAAAUGAGCGGAGGAACAAGGGUCAACAAGGUCGUCCGAAACCCUACAAUGCUCCUGGCCACAAGAGUAAUGUUUGCAAUGGUGAGGAGAAGAAGUGCUUCCGAUGUGGGAAGAAAGGGCAUACAAUAGCUGAAUGCAAGCGUGGUGAUAUUGUUUGUUUCAAUUGUGAUGAAGAAGGUCAUCUUAGUUCGCAGUGCAAGAAGCCUAAGAAGGGUCAGGCGAGUGGAAGAGUGUUUGCUUUAGCUGGUACUCAGACAGCGAAUGAGGAUCGUCUGAUCUGA